ACUUCUAUAUCAAGAGCGCGAUAUGUCGAAGAUCAGUUUAGGUUUCGUGAAUCCUUACGAGAAAAUCUUACGACGAUGGCGGCGGUACUCAAAUUAAAAUUUUUUAUCGUUAUCAUCGUCUGUUUCCAUUCGAGGUCUUUUUAUGGCUUUAAAUUACCGGAUUAUAAUGGAGCUAAAAUAGUUACAUAUGGCGAGCCGUGUCAUUCACCACGUUAUCUGCCUGUUACAAUUGAGGAACCUGCAAAACCUGUGACGGAAUUCGUUUCACCCAAAUCUUGCGUCUAUCAACCACUGAAAUUAAAUUAUCGAGUGAUCUCUACUAAACCGAUCGCAUAUCAACCACAAGCGGAAUAUCCAAUUUCUGUACAAAUACCUCAAGUACCUCAAGUACCUCAGUCCGAGGAAAUAAUUACGCCGGAUCCUUUUCAAGGGAAAUCUUACGAGUACAACAUCCAGGCUCUAUCAUCUCCACCCGUGCCAAUUUCGACGAAACGAUACAAUAUCGAUUUUCAAGUGCCAUCUUCACCUUCAUUAAUUUCAACGGAACCAACGCCACAGUCCAUUAAGCUUUUGACUGGCCUUACUAGUAAAAUCGACAGGAUUUUAGUUCCUGCCUGUCAAGUGUCAUCCUCUAACCGUUGUAAUACGGCAUGAAAUUAUUUCCGAUAAUACCGUAUCUCUCAUCAAAUGUGAGAAAUACAUAGUAUUUGACUGACAAAUAACAAAUAAAUAAAGAGGUUUAAGAAAAAUGA